CUGGUGGUGGGCUGCGGGAACUCGGAGCUGAGCGAGCAGAUGUACGACGUGGGGAUGUGCGAGGACAUCGUGAACAUCGACAUCAGCGAUGCAGUGAUCCGUCAGAUGCAAGAGCGGAAAGGGAGCAAGAGGCCGAAGAUGAGGUACCUGCUGAUGGACAUGCUUCAGAUGGACUUCCCCGACGCCCACUUCCAGGUGGUCCUGGACAAAGGCACGCUGGAUGCCGUCCUCACCAACGAAGAGGAGGCCACGCUAGCCAAGGUGGACAAGAUGUUUGCCGAGAUCAGCCGGGUUCUGCAGGUAGGAGGGCGCUACCUCUGUGUCUCCUUGGCUCAAGCCCACGUGCUGAAGAAAGCGGUGGAAUACUUCUCCCAGGAAGGCUGGGUCGUGCGUGUCCAUCAGGUGGCUGGCAGUGGGGACAAGCAGCAGUUUGUCCUACCAGUCUUUGUCUACGUCAUGACAAAGUUCAGGAAGAUUCCUGGCUCGGCAUCGCAGAUCCUGGAGAUCUGCCCUGAGGAGCAGGACAAGCCAAUGCGGGUGGAGAGCGCAGAGCGGCUGGUGGCGGCGGUGAAGGACAGGCAGCAUUACGCCCUGCUCUGCAGCCAGCUGAGCAAAACCCCCUGCAGAGAGCAGGUUUCCCUGGAUCUGUGUGACAAAGAGAGCGGGAGGCCUCGCUACACGCUGCAUGUAGUCGAUAGCCUCUCGGUGAAACCUUCCCGGGACAAUCACUUCGCCAUCUUCAUCAUCCCGCAGGGCAGAGAAACCGAGUGGCUCUUUGGGACGGAGGAGGGGCGGAGGCAGCUGGCCGCCAGCGCGGGCUUCGGGCGCCUGGUCACUGUGGCCCUGCACAGGGAGCAGCACUACGAGGGCAUGGCCGGCAUCCAGGUGGAGCUGUCGGGGAAGGUGAUGGAGCUGGCCCCACCGGGCCUCCCUGCCCGGCAGCAGGUGCCCUUCCUGUCCGUGGGAGGGGACAUCGGGGUGCGGACGGUGCGGCACCGUGACACCAGCCCCCUGAGCGGGGAGUACGUGGUGGAGGACGUGAAGGGAGACGGCACCUCCUACUUCCGCCGCCUCAUCUUCCUCCGCAACAGGAAUGUGGUGCAGUCGGAGGCUCGGCUUCUGGCCCCCAUGCCUCCCCCAGGCCAGAAGAAACGGAGAAAGGACAAGAAGAAACCCAACCCCGCUGAGCCACCUGCAGCCAUCGACAAGAGCUACCUGUGCUGCGAGCACCACAAGGCCAUGGUCGCGGGGCUCUGCCUGCUGGGGGGCCCCGACCCCCUCCCAGGUGACGAGACCAGCAGUGGGAGGCUGUGCUGGGGGCAUGUGGGUCCCCAUGCCCCAGCUCCUUGGGGAAGGGCUUUCCUAGCCAAGGUGGCCCAUGUACCCUUCCCGAAGUGGUUUGGGGCCGGCGGGUGGCAUGAGCAGUGGGAGCGGGACCAUUCUGGUGAGCGCUUGGACUGCGUGGCCAAGCUGGCGGCUGAAGCCCCAGCCCAGUAUGACGCCGUCAUGUUCGAUGUGGACAGCAAAGACCUCACGGUGGGGAUGAGCUGCCCGCCCCCAGCCUUUGUGGAAAAGCCCUUCCUGCAGAAAGUUAAAACCAUCCUCAAGCCAGAAGGAGUCUUCGUGCUCAACUUGGUGUGCCGCGACGCCCGGCUGAAGGAGUCUGUCCUGGCCACCCUCAGGGAGGUCUUCCCGCUGCUCUACGCGCGCCGCAUCGAAGGGGAGGUCAAUGAGAUCCUGUUCUGCCAGCCCAGCUCCGAGCGCCGGCGGGAUCCCACAGAGCUGGGGACACGUGCCCGGGCGCUGGAGGGGGCCCUGCGGCGGCCUGGG